AUACGUGACGUUGUGAUCAAUAGAUGACGAUGUUGCUAGGCGACGUCGUCACAAUUCUAUUUUUUAGCGCAAGCACGAGAGAUGUAUUUCGCAAAAAAAUAAAUAACAUUGACAUGUCAGAAGAAGAAAUUAAGGACCAAGAGCUGACGGUUGGAUGCGGAAGCUGGGUCAAACCGCUAAAAAAAUCAGUCCAGAAAAAGUGGACCUCUGUUCGGGAGGUCGUCCAGAAGAAGACCCUUAUUUUCAAGAGGUCUUCCAAAGGGAAGGACAAAGACAUGUCUAAGAAGACCAAGUUGUUGAUAGAUGUAUUUAAGAGAAAAGAAGUCACGCAUGUGCCGAUAGAGGUGGUGUACAUGGACAUCGCCGGCGAGUCGGUGCCGGUCCACAUCAUGGAUUGCAUUGCCGACGACCCGAGCGAGGACGCCGACCAAAUAGAGAUACGUCCACGCAGUCCAGAGAACUACGAGCAGACAUUCGCUUACUUCGAGGCAAUCAGCGUUUGCCGCAUCCACGUGACGGCGGCCAUUACGGAGCUAGGGGAGCUGCUCCGGCGCGGGAUCAUACUGGGAGACAAGGAGGAGUGGGGCGUCUAUGUCAAGCAGCUGGAAGAUGAUGUACACGCAUGGAAGCAACGCUGUCGAGAAAGUGACAGGAUCUUCCAAAAUGGGAAGAUUGUGGUUGGUCAGAUUGAGAGGGACCGGCGUCAAUCGUUGUACUACAGAUUGAUGAGAGCAGUUUGCGCAGGCGCAGAGAGUGUACUCGGAGCCUUCACGUGCUUCUCAUGUCCGAUAAUCGACUCAUGAGCGUGUGUGCGUGCGGUAUACUCAAUAUACUGGCAGCACGUGCGGUAUACUCAAUAUACUGGCAGCACGUAUUCGAGCCUUUCUGGAGGCAGAACGACUACUGCGAUCUUCAUAAUGCUGAAGACGGAUCAAGACUUCCGUCCUUCGUUCAUGCCGAGCUUUAUCACGGUCUGCUUCACCAAUACGGCAUCCUCGUCAGCACGUCAUGAUCGCCAUGGGAUGCUGCUAUUCCUGACCGCAUUGAAGGACUGACUACAUGUAUCUCAAGGACGGAAUAUGGUACAUGCCAAUAGAGCUAUGUGACUACAGAGAAGAUGGUACAUGCCAAUAGAGCUAUGUGACUACAGGGAAGAUGGUACAUGCCAAUAGAGCUAUGUGACUACACAGAAGAUGGUACAUGCCAAUAGAGCUAUGUGACUUUUGAGAAGAUUGUACAUGCCAAUAGAGCUAUGUGACUACUGAGAAGAUGGUACAUGCCGAUAGAGCUGUGUGACUACAGGGAAGAUGGUACAUGCCAAUGUUGCUAUGUGACUACAGGAAAGAUGGUACAUGCCAAUAGAGCUAUGUGACUACAGAGGAGAUGGUACAUGCCAAUAGAGCUAUAUGACUACAGGGAAGAUGGUACAUGCCAAUAGAGCUAUGUGACUUAUAAGAAGAUGGUACAUGUCAAUAGAGCUUUGUGACUACAGGGAAGAUGGUACAUGCCAAUAGAGCUAAGUCACUACAGGGAAGAUGGUACAUGCCAAUAGAGCUAUGUGACUACAGGGAAGAUGGUACAUGCCAAUUCAGCUGUGACUACAGUGAAGAUGGUACAUGCCAAUAGAGCUAUGUGACUAAUAAGAAGAUGGUACAUGACAAUAGAGCUAUGUGACUACAGGGAAGAUGGUACAUGCCAAUAGAGCUAUGUGACGACAGAGAAGAUGGAACAUGCCAAUAGAUCUAUGUGACUUCUGAGAAGAUGGUACAUGCCAAUAGAGUUAUAUGACUACAGGGAAGAUGGUACAUGCCAAUAGAGCUAUAUGAUUACAGGGAAGAUGGUACAUGCCAAUAGAGCUUUGUGACUACAGAGAAGAUGGUACAUGCCAAUAGAGCUAUGUGACUACAGGGAAGAUGGUACAUGCCAAUAGGGCUAUAUGACUACAAAGAAGAGGGUACAUGCCAAUAGAGCUAUGUGACUACUGAGAAGAUGGUACAUGCCAAUAGAACUAUGUGACUACUGAGAAGAUAAUACAUGCCAAUAGAGCUAUUUGACUACAGGGAAGAUGGUACAUGCCAAAAGAGCUAUGUUACUACAGGGAAGAUGGUACAUGCCAAUUGAGCUGUGACUACAGUGAAGAUGGUACAUGCCUAUAGAGCUAUGUGACUACAGAAAAGAUGGUACAUGCCAAUAGAGCUAUGUGACUACAGUGAAGAUGAUACAUGCCAAUAGAGCUAUGUGACUAUAGUGAAGAUGGUACAUGCCAAUAGAGCUAUAUGACUACUGAGAAGAUGGUACAUGCCAAUAGAGCUAUAUGACUACAGAGAAGAUGGUACAUGCCAAUAGAGCUAUGUGACUACAGAGAAGAUGGUACAUGCCAAUAGAGCUAUAUGACUACUGAGAAGAUGGUACAUGCAAAUAGAGCUAUAUGACUACUGAGAAGAUGGUACAUGCCAAUAGAGCUAUGUGACUACUGAGAAGAUGGCACAUGCCAAUAUAGCUAUGUGACUACUGAGAAGAUGGUACAUGUCAAUAGAGCUAUGUGACUACAGAGAAGAUGGUACAUGCCAAGAGAGCUAUGUGACUACAGGGAAGAUGGUACAUGUCAAUAGAGCUAUGUGACUACAGUGAAGAUGGUACAUGCCAAUAGAGCUUUGUGACUAAAGAGAAGAUGGUACACGCCAAUAGAGCUAUGUGACUACUGAGAAGAUGGUACAUGCCAAUAGAGCUAUGUGACUACUGUGAAGAUGGUACAUGCCAAUAGAGCUUUGUGACUAAAGAGAAUAUGGUACAUGCCAAUAGAGCUAUAUGACUACAGAGAAGAUGGUACAUGCCAAUAUAGCUAUGUGACUACUGCGAAGAUGGUACAUGUCAAUAGAGCUAUGUGACUACAGGGAAGAUGAUGCAUGCCAAUAGAGCUAUGUGACUACAGGGAAGAUGGUACAUGCCAAUACAGCUAUGUGACUACUAAGAAGAUGGUACUUGCCAAUAGAGCUAUAUGACUACAGGGAAGAUGGUACAUGCCAAUAGAGCUUUGUGACUACAGGGAAGAUGGUACAUGCCAAUAGAGCUAUGUGGCUACAGGGAAGAUGGUACAUGCCAAUAGAGCUAUAUGACUACAGGGAAGAUGGUACAUGCCAAUAGAGCUAUGUGACUACUGAGAAGAUGGUACAUGCCAAUAGAGCUGUGUGACUACAGGGAAGAUGGUACAUGCCAAUAGAGCUAUGUGACUACAGGGAAGAUGGUACAUGCCAAUUGAGCUGUGACUACAGUGAAGAUGGUACAUGCCAAUAGAGCUAUGUGACUACUGAGUAGAUGGUACAUGCCAAUAGAGCUAUGUGACUACAGGGAAGAUGGUACAUGCCAAUAGAGCUAUGUGACUACAGGGAAGAUGGUACAUGCCAAUUGAGCUGUGACUACAGUGAAGAUGGUACAUGCCAAUAGAGCUAUGUGACUACUGAGUAGAUGGUACAUGCCAAUAGAGCUAUGUGACUACAGGGAAGAUGGUACAUGCCAAAAGAGCUAUGUGACGACAGAGAAGAUGGCACAUGCCAAUAUAGCUAUGUGACUACUGAGAAGAUGGUACAUGUCAAUAGAGCUAUGUGACUACAGAGAAGAUGAUACAUGCCAAUAGAGCUAUGUGACUACAGAGAAGAUGGUACAUGCCAAUUGUGCUGUGACUACAGGGAAGAUGGUACAUGCCAAUAGAGCUAUGUGACAACAGAGAAAGAUGGUACAUGCCAAUAGAGCUAUGUGACUACAGGUAAGAUGGUACAUGCCAAUAGAGCUAUGUGACUACUGAGAAGAUGGUACAUGCCAAUAGAGCUAUGUGACUACAGGUAAGAUGGUACAUGCCAAUAGAGCUAUGUGACUACAGUGAAGAUGGAACAUGCCAAUAGAGCUAUGUGACUACAGAGAAGAUGGUACAUGCCAAUAGAGCUAUGUGACUACUGAGAAGAUGGUACAUGCCAAUAGAGCUAUAUGACUACAGGGAAGAUGGUACAUGCCAAUAGAGCUAUGUGACUACAGAGAAGAUGGUACAUGCCAAUAGAGCUAUGUGACUACUGAGAAGAUGGUACAUGCCAAUAGAGCUAUGUGACUACUAAGAAGAUGGUACAUGCCAAUAGAGCUAUAUGACUACAGAAAAGAUGAUACAUGCCGAUAGAGCUAUGCGACUGCUAAGAAGAUGGUACAUGCCAAUAGAGCUAUACGACUACUAAGAAGAUGGUACAUGCCAAUAGAGCUAUGUGUCUACAGAAAAGAUGGUACAUGCCAAUAGAGCUAUGUGACUACAGGGAAGAUGGUACAUGCCAAUAGAGCUAUGUGACUACUGACAAGAUGGUACAUGUCAAUAGAGCUAUGUGACUACAGGGAAGAUGGUACAUACCAAUAGAGCUAUGUGACUACAGAAAAGAUGGUACAUGCCAACAGAGCUAUGUGACUACAGGGAAGAUGGUACAUGCCAAUAGAGCUAUGUGAUUACAGGGAAGAUGGUACAUGCCAAUAGAGCUAUGUGAUUACAGGGAAGAUGGUUCAUGCCAAUAGAGCUAUGUGAUUACAGGGAAGAUGGUACAUGCCAAUAGAGCUAUGUGAUUACAGGAAAAAUGGUACAUGCCAAUAUAGCUAUGUGACUACAGAAAAGAUGGUACGUGCCAAUAGAGCUAUGUGACUACAGGAAAGAUUGUACAUGCCAAUAGAGCUAUGUGACUACUGAGAAGAUGGUACAUGCCAAUAGAGCUAUGUGACUUCAGAGAUGAUGGUACAUGCCAAUAGAGCUAUGUUACCACAGAGACGAUGGUACAUGCCAAUAGAGCUAUGUUACCACAGAGACGAUGGUACAUGCCAUUAGAGCUAUGUUACCACAGAGAAGAUGGUACAUGCCAAUAGAGCUAUGUUACCACAGAGAAGAUGGUACAUGCCGAUAGAGCUAUGUUACCACAGAGAAGAUGGUACAUGUCAAUAGAGCUAUGUGACUACUAAGAAGAUGGUACAUGCCAAUAGAGCUAUGUCACCACAAGGAAGAUGGUACAUGCAAAUAGAGCCAUUUGACCACAUAGAAGAUGGUACAUGCCAAUAGAGCUAUGUGACUACAGGUAAGAUGGUACAUGCCAAUAGAGCUAUGUGACUACUGAGAAGAUGGUACAUGCCAAUAGAGCUAUGUGACUACAGGUAAGAUGGUACAUGCCAAUAGAGCUAUGUGACUACAGUGAAGAUGGAACAUGCCAAUAGAGCUAUGUGACUACAGAGAAGAUGGUACAUGCCAAUAGAGCUAUGUGACUACUGAGAAGAUGGUACAUGCCAAUAGAGCUAUAUGACUACAGGGAAGAUGGUACAUGCCAAUAGAGCUAUGUGACUACAGAGAAGAUGGUACAUGCCAAUAGAGCUAUGUGACUACUGAGAAGAUGAUACAUGCCAAUAGAGCUAUGUGACUACUAAGAAGAUGGUACAUGCCAAUAGAGCUAUAUGACUACAGAAAAGAUGAUACAUGCCGAUAGAGCUAUGCGACUGCUAAGAAGAUGGUACAUGCCAAUAGAGCUAUACGACUACUAAGAAGAUGGUACAUGCCAAUAGAGCUAUGUGACUACAGAAAAGAUGGUACAUGCCAAUAGAGCUAUGUGACUACAGGGAAGAUGGUACAUGCCAAUAGAGCUAUGUGACUACUGACAAGAUGGUACAUGUCAAUAGAGAUAUGUGACUACAGGGAAGAUGGUACAUACCAAUAGAGCUAUGUGACUACAGAAAAGAUGGUACAUGCCAACAGAGCUAUGUGACUACAAGGAAGAUGGUACAUGCCAAUAGAGCUAUGUGAUUACAGGGAAGAUGGUACAUGCCAAUAGAGCUAUGUGAUUACAGGGAAGAUGGUUCAUGCCAAUAGAGCUAUGUGAUUACAGGGAAGAUGGUACAUGCCAAUAGAGCUAUGUGAUUACAGGAAAAAUGGUACAUGCCAAUAUAGCUAUGUGACUACAGAAAAGAUGGUACGUGCCAAUAGAGCUAUGUGACUACAGGAAAGAUUGUACAUGCCAAUAGAGCUAUGUGACUACUGAGAAGAUGGUGCAUGCCAAUAGAGCUAUGUGACUUCAGAGAUGAUGGUACAUGCCAAUAGAGCUAUGUUACCACAGAGACGAUGGUACAUGCCAAUAGAGCUAAGUUACCACAGAGACGAUGGUACAUGCCAUUAGAGCUAUGUUACCACAGAGAAGAUGGUACAUGCCAAUAGAGCUAUGUUACCACAGAGAAGAUGGUACAUGCCGAUAGAGCUAUGUUACCACAGAGAAGAUGGUACAUGUCAAUAGAGCUAUGUGACUACUAAGAAGAUGGUACAUGCCAAUAGAGCUAUGUCACCACAAGGAAGAUGGUACAUGCAAAUAGAGCCAUUUGACCACAUAGAAGAUGGUACAUGCAAAUAGAGCUAUGCGACUACUGAGGAGAUGGCACAUGCCAAGAGAGCUAUGUGACUACAAAGAAGAUGGUACACGUCAAUAGAGCUAUGUGACUACUGAGAAGAUGGGCCAUGCCAAUAGAGCUAUGUGACUACAGGGAAGAUGGUACAUGCCAAUUGAGCUAUGUGACUACAUGAAAGAUGCUACAUGCCAAUAGAGCUAUGUGACUACAGAGAAGAUGGGACAUGCCAAUAGAGCUAUGUGACUACAGCGAUGAUGGUACAUGCCAAUGGAGCUAUGUGACUACUGAGAAGAUGGUACAUGUCAAUAGAGCUAUGUGACUACUGAGAAGAUGGUACAUGCCAAUAGAGCUAUGUGACUACAGAGAAGAUUGUAGAUUCCAAUAGAGCUAUGUGACUACAGAGAAAAUGGUACAUGCCAAUAGAGCUAUGUGACUAUAGUGAAGAUGGUACAUGCCAAUAGAGCUAUGUGAUUACUGAGAUGAUGGUACAUGCCAAUAGAGCUAUGUGACUACAGAGAAGAUGGUACAUGCCAAUAGAGCUAUGUGACUACAGGGAAGAUGGUACAUGCCAAUAGAGCUAUGUGACUACAGAGAUGAUGGUACAUGCCAAUAGAGCUUUGUGACUAAUAAGAAGAUGGUACAUGUCAAUAGAGCUAUGUGACCACAGGGAAAAUGGUACAUGCAAAUAGAGCUAUGUGACUUCAGCGAAGAAGGUACAAGAUUAUAUAGAUAUGUGACCAUAUGGUAGACGGUAUAUGAUAAUAGAGGUAUGGGACUACAUGGAAGAUUGUACAUACGAAUAGAUUUAUUUGACUACAGAAAUAUGCCACAUGCUAAUAGAGCUGUGUGUCUACAGAAAGAUGAUGCGUUAAAAUGUCAUUUAAUGAUGAUGGUAUAUGUGGUUAUAUAACUACUAUGUAUAUGACUGGAAGGAAGAUGAUACUUGCGAAUAUAACUUUAUGACCACAUGAAGAUGGUACGUGAGCAUUACACUUUGUUAUCAGAAGAAAAAUGGUAAUGGAGGUAAGAACUUUAUGACUGCAUGAAGAUGGUACGUGCUUGUAUAACUAUACGCCCACACGAUGAAGGUGUUCCUUGAAAUGAGAAGUUUGUGACUACAUUACAAUUGUACGCGAGAAGACAACUAAGUGACUACAAAAAUGUUACCUGAUUAUAUAAAUAUUUGACUUUAUGAUGAUCUUAAGCGAGCAUAGAACUUUGUGCCCUAGAUUUUGUACUAAUAGAAGCAAAGCUUACGCUUAACCACUUUAUCAUUCAUGGUUCUAUGUAAAAAUAACACACGCUUUGUUAUUGUUUAACUUUCGGUGAUAUUAUUAUAUUGUUUGAUAA